CCGUUAUUGGCACCGGGGGACUCGAUUCAAACUUUUCCCGUGGAGUACAGAAGCCCACGCUUGUCGUCACCGUCGCCGAAGGGAGGGCGUACUAGUAUGACAAACCGGCUCUGUCCCUCGUAGCUGUCAAUAUCUCCUAAGUACGGUGGCAGGACUGAGUUCCUCUCCCCAUCGUUUCUGUGUUUGUGGUAGUGGCCAGUUUUACCCGUUUUUUUUCACGCCGGCUCAAGAUGGCGGCGGUACAGCUGAAGGGUACUAGCCGCUCGGAUUGAGUAGUUUUUAAUCAUAAAGAGAUAAAAAACAAAAUAUUAAUUCGGGAAAUUAGGUUUAAAGAAAUUAUUUAGAACUUGCCCACCCCUGAAUUAUCACAAUCGGAUCUUUGUCAUCGUGUUGACAGAAUUUUCUGUCAAAAUGUUCACGAUCUAGCUGGCUAGCUCGCUGGCUACCACAGGACACCGGAGAGAGGUGGAGAAUGGGAGAGAAGCUGGAACUCAAGUUGAAAUCGCCGGUUGGAGCCGAAGCAGCGGGCUACCCGUGGCCAUUACCAGUAUAUGAUAAGCACCAUGACGCUGCUCAUGAAAUCAUUGAAACCAUACGGUGGGUGUGUGAGGAGAUUCCUGACCUCAAGCUGGCCAUGGAGAACUACGUCCUCAUCGACUACGACACCAAGAGCUUCGAGAGCAUGCAGAGACUGUGCGACAAGUACAACAGAGCCAUCGACAGCAUCCACCAGCUGUGGAAAGGUACCACCCAGCCCAUGAAGCUAAACAAGCGGCCCUCCAACGGCCUGCUUCGCCACAUCCUGCAGCAGGUGUACAACCACUCGGUCACCGACCCCGAGAAACUCAACAACUAUGAGCCCUUCAGCCCGGAGGUGUACGGCGAGACCUCCUUCGACCUGGUGGCGCAGAUCAUCGACGAGAUGGAGAUGAUGGAGGAGGACACCUUCGUGGACCUAGGAAGCGGUGUGGGACAGGUAGUGCUACAGGUUGCCGCGGCGACGAACUGUAAGCAUUACUAUGGGAUUGAGAAGGCGGAUAUCCCGGCCAGUUACGCAGAGUCGAUGGACAGGGAGUUUAAGAAGUGGAUGAGGUGGUACGGCAAGAAGCACGGAGAGUACACGCUGGAGCGGGGAGACUUCCUGUCGGAGGAGUGGAAAGACAGAAUCGCCAACACAAGUGUUAUUUUUGUGAACAACUUUGCCUUUGGUCCCGAGGUGGAUCACCAGCUUAAGGAGCGGUUUGCCAACAUGAAGGAAGGUGGCAAAAUCGUAUCCUCAAAACCUUUUGCACCUCUAAAUUUUAGAACUAACAGUCGAAACUUGAGUGACAUUGGCACAAUCAUGAGGGUAGUGGAACUGUCUCCUCUGAGAGGCUCAGUGUCCUGGACUGGGAAGCCGGUUUCCUACUAUCUGCAUACAAUAGACCGCACCAUAGUGAGUCAUUACUACUGCUCUGAGAGACGCUCGUCUGUCUGUGCCUUGCAGGAGGAGCAAGAGGCAGCUAGGCGUCGUCAGCAGAAAGACAGAGACAGCAAGAGCAACACCACCACCCCGACCAAGGCCAAGGAGCACAAGGACUCCUGCGGGGAGGACGAGCGGCCGGGCCUGCUGACGGCGGCCAAGGCGUCCCCGAAACCCCGGCGGGCGCGGCUGAUGGCCAAGAGCCGGAAGCUGGGGAGCAGGAAGCGGGGGCGCCCCAAGAAGGCCUCGGCCCCCGCCGCCGCCGCCGCCGCGCCCACCGCCGCCGAGCGCAAGAGCAGGAAGAGCCAGAGCGCCCUGGAGCUGCUGCACGCCAAGACCCUCUCGGCAGCGCCCCCUCAGGAUGCAUACAGGUCACCUCACAGCCCCUUCUACCAGCUACCUCCCAAAGUUCAGCACUAUACAUCUGGGCAGCUUCACCUGGGCCCCACCCCCCCGGCCCUGCAGCAGUUACUGGAUAACUUCAAGGUGCAGUACCUGCAGUUCACGGCCUACAUGAAGACGCCCCAGUACCGCAGUAAUCUGCAGCAGUGUCUGGAAAAGGAGAAGCUCAGACACAGUGAGCUGACUGGUCAGGUGGAGCAGCUGUACGGUGUGUGUCAGACCCACAAGGAGAAGAUUAAAGCGCUUUGUCAGGCCAAACUGGAGGAGCUGGGAGUGAAGGCGGUGACUGUGGAGGACCUGCUCCAGGCCCAGAAGGAGAUCGCAGCGCACAACCGGCAGCUGCAGGAGCAGACCAGGCAGCUGGAGAAGGACAACGCGGAGCUGCGGGAUCAAAGCCUGCUCCUGCUGAAGUCUCGCUGUGAGGAGCUGAAGCUGGACUGGGGCACUCUGUGUUUGGAGAGCCUGCUGAAGGAGAUGCAGACCCUGCGCAGGCAGAUCUGUGAGAACCAGCGCCACUACCUGGAGCUGCAGAUCAGCAUCGUGGAGCUGGAGACGAGCCAGAGGCAGCAGGAGCUACUGCAGCUCAAGUCCUACAGCCCCUGCGACGAGCCCCUCUACCGCAAGAGCCUCCCCAGCCUGGACCCCCGGCCCCCGCGGGAGCCCGGCACGCCCAAGCUGGGCCUGGUCGCCACGGCGAUGAACGGGCUGAGCCCGGAGCUUUCCAUGAACGGCACGGCCUCGCCCUGCGAGCGGGCCGGGGGCGGGGGCGGGGGCGGGGGCAAGCCCGAGCUCCUGUCCCGCUACCUGCCCAUCUCCCCCGAGCACGACAUCGUGCCCCCCACCCCCGACGCCCGCCACCGGCAGCUGGGGCACGCGCUGCCCGACUACACCCGCUUCUCGCCCGCCAAGAUCGCCCUGCGCCGCCACCUCAACCAGGACCCCGGCAACGCCCCCUUCCGCAGCCCCGGGGCCUUCACACACAGGGGAGACCUUGCCAUGGUGUCACCUCCUCCCCUGGGGAUAAAGCAAGGCUGCCCAUCGCCCAGCUCUCCUGACACACAACAGAGCGCCACGCCCAAGUCUGCAGAAAGGGCGUGUAAGGAGAAGAGCCCGGCGGUUGCCGGGGAUACCAUCACCAGCCUGCCAAUCAGCAUCCCCCUCAGCACUGUGCACCCCAGCAAGCUGCCCGUCAGCAUCCCCCUCGCCAGCGUGGUGCUGCCCAGCCGGGCCGAGAGACUGAGGAACACGCCCAGUCCGGUUUUCCAGGGCCGGGACCCCACGGCUCAGAGCAACGGCAAGCAGCCGCACACCCCUACCUCAGGGUUCUCCUCGGGUUCUGUGAUGGUGAACGGUGGCUCUCACUCCGGAUCCUUCUCCCUGGACCACGAUUCGGCCUCCUCCUCCCCGCCCCCCCACUGCACCCCCCCGUCGGGCCUGCAGGGGCGCCCCUCCGGCUACAGCCCCCCGCCGGGCACCGGGGGGGUGCUGCAGUACGCCGACGGCCCCCCCAGAAUCCUCCCCGAGACGGGGCCCGGCGGCCGGCAGGCGGAGUCCGACUCGGAGCCCCUCCACGAGAGCGAGGCCAAGCGCCGCAUCUUCUUCUCCUCGUCCUCCUCCUCCUCCUCCUCCUCCUCGUCCUCCUCCUCGUCCUCCCGCCAGCACCACGGCAAGCAAGGGCAGAAUCACCACGGCAACCACCACGGCAACCACCACCACCAUCACCACCACCACCACUCGCCCGGCUCCGCCUCGCACGAGGGCCGCAAGCGGGGGCGGCGGAAGCGCGGCUCGGCGGGCGGGCCCCCUCCCGGAGGCUCCUCCCCCAAGAGGCGGUCCUUCCCUGGAGUGGGCGGGGUCAACCACCCCUCUGGCUCCCCCCUCAACAUCAACUCCAUGGUGAACAACAUUAACCAGCCGCUGGACAUCGCCGCCAUCUCUUCCCCCGAGCAGGCGGGGGGGAGCCCGUGCGGGACGGACCUGGACCAGCCCCCCGUCCUGAAGAGGGAGUGGCCCGUGGAGCUCAACGGCUCGGGGCGCUACUCCUCCCCGCCCAGCUCGGACGACGAGGACCCGGGCUACCCCGCCGACAGCUCCACUCUACCCACGAUCGAGAGGAAGAUCGCCACCAUCUCCCUGGAGAGCAGAGACAGCCCCCUGAAGGGGGGGGAAGGUGGCUCGCUGGGGCGGAGAUCCGGAAACAGCAGCAGUGAGGUCUCCUCUUCCUCGUCUUCCUCUUCCUCGACCUCCUCCAGCAAGUGGAAGUCUACCUUCUCCCCGAUCUCCGACCUCAAGCAGCCCCCGGCCGACCCCAGGCAGGGGGGCUCCCCCUUUGGGGUGGGCGGGGCCCGGGGCGGAGGAGGCGGGACCGACUCAGACUCGGAUCACAAGCAGCAGCAGCAGCAGCAGCAGCGGAGGGGGGAGGGAGGGGCCCCGGACUCCACGCACCCCUCCGGGACCCCCUUCCUGAACCACAACCCCUUCCUCAGCCAGGACCCCAGCCAGGGGUGCCGCGGGGGGGCGGCAGGGGGGGGUCCCGACCGGCAGCCGAAGCAGAAGGCCCCCAGGGACUGGGAGCUGAAGCCCGGCAGCCAGAACCUGUUCAUCUCCGCGGCGACGGCGGCGGCGGCGGUGGGCGGGGCCGUCCUCGGCGGGAAGGGGGGCGUGGCCGCGGUGGUCUCCUCCGCCCCCGGGGUCGCCGUAGGACAGUACCUGGGGGGGCAGUUCCCCCUGGGGGGCACCUCGGUCCUCCACCCUCUGUUCGGGGGGCAGACGCCCGUUUCGGGGGGUGCGUCGGGGGCGCCCCGCCUGGUGAACGGACACACUUCCCUGGGGGCCUUCUCCACCACGGGCCUGGCCGGGGGCGCUGCAGGAGGUAUAUUUCACCACGUGGUGCCUUCAGUUUCCUCUCGGCAGUUUGGGGCCUCCUUGCCGGUCCCCGGGGCCCUCAGCUCUCUGCUCAGUCUCUCCUCCCAGGCCCCGUCCCAGCAGAGCGGCCCCCUGGGGCCCGCCUUCCUCAGCUCCGCGCCCUCCUCCUCCUCCUCUUCCUCAGCCCCGCCCCUCUCCCAGACGCAGCCCAGCCGCACCCAGACCGUCCUGCACUCCCCGCAGGCCCCGCCCCUCUCCCUGCCCCCGCCCCCUCCCCUGCUGACUGCCGCCUCCACCCCCCCGCCCCCCGAGCCGGCCCAGUCCCGCGGGCCCCACCCCGCGCCCCCCCACCACCACCACCAGAGAGCGCUGCCUUCGUCCCUCUCCCUCUCUGUGCCCUCCUCAUCCUCCGCUUUGGUGUCCGCUGGCUCCGCCCCCGCCGCUGCUUCCUCCCUCCCCCCCUCCUCCUCGCGCGCUUUCACGGUGCACCACCCUCCCCUGCCGGCCCCGCGCUCCGCCCCUGCCCCUCCCCUGCCCCACGGCGGCGGCGGGGGGGGCGGCGUGGGCAUGUGGCGGACUUUGGGGAUGCAGUCCCCGUACGUGGCCUCAGCCAGCCCCCGGCCCAGAUAGGGCGCGGGGCGAGGGGUUCGGGGGGGGGGGUAAGGGGGGCGGGAGGGAGGGACACGGGACGGGGGGGCUGGCUGGCUGUGCCGUGUGCUUCCCCAUCCUGCUGCUCAGUCCGGGAAUAAAAGGUAACUGAAGAAAUCUACCUCAACCCUAUUAUCAGACCUAUGCAAAUGGACAGGUGUGGACCAAGGAGGUGUGGCCCUCUACUCACAGUCUGGUGCUCCCUCUCAUCACUGAUUGGUGCUCCCUCUCAUCACAGACUGGUGCUGCCUCCAAUCACAGACUGGUGCUCUCUGUCAUCCUCUCAUCACAGUCUGGUGCUCCCUCCAAUCACAGACCGACCGGUGCUCUCCGUCAUCCUCCAACCACAGACUGGUGCUCUCUUGACUUCUGAGCCGCCUCUCUCAUUGGCUGCGUGUUCAAAACAAAACAAAACAAAACAAAAACAAAAAGAACGAAACAAAAACGCACGUGCAGCUCCACUAUACAUUCAUACACUCAGCCAGUCCUGAGCGGCGUCGAGACGGCCCAGCCCUGCGUGCGUGCGUGUGUGUGUGUGCGUGCGUGCGUGCGUGUGUGCGUGCGUACCUGGCAGGGAGGAGGGAGGAGGGGGCUGGGGGGCUGUAGCCUGGUCACACUUGAGAGAGGCAUCCACAGCAGUCUCUGCACCCCUGGAAGAGAGAGAUUAGAUCAAACCCGGCGGUGAUCUUUACGGGAAUAACCUCACGUUUCAUCUCCUUGGCAUGCUGAAUAUUACGCGUUACAGCAUUAAUAUUCAUUGCUGCUAAAGUGCAUUAAUAAGUAAAUAUCCCACAGCGCAGUCGGAUGUGGGUUUUGCAGUCCCAGUUUGGUGAGCGUUAACAGGAAGUUAAAACGACAAGAUACUGGCUGGUGUGUUUUUGUUUUAGAACCAGAUCUGCUCUUUCCAGCUCGGUUGUAGGCAUUAUAGAUCACAGGUCGUUAGGGUGUGAGUGAGUUGGGUUUGCUGUUAAUUGAGUGUCACUGAGAGCAGAACCCAAAUAGAAAGCGGGAAACGUACCAGAGACUGUUACACAAAAAACAUGCCGACCAUUAUUAUAACCGAAAUGGGAAGUCAACCAAUGUGAUGUUUUCAAAUCUCUUCCUUGUGGAAUCUCCAUAUGUUCCUGGAAUUAACAUAAUAAUAAGCAAUAUUGAUCAUGCCACAGGCGUCUGGGUUUCUGACUGAGUGACAGAUCCAUCGUGUGCGGUGGUCUGUACGGUCCGUGCCCUGUCCGUACCGUACGUAAGUUUGCUGCUGCGUUUAGUGUGAGGUUGGUUUGCUUAGGGUGCCUGCUUUUAGGGGUGUCGGUGUUUUGGGUGCUCUUAAGUCUGCAUCAGGGAGUGAUGGGGCCCUUGGCACCUCUUACUGGGGCUGGCAUUUUAUUUUCGGUUGAGUUGUGUGUCCUUUAGUACAAUGCACCAAAUAUAAUGUUAAUCAAAUACCCCCCCGCCCAGGAACAAUGCGAAAAACUUUAUUUGACUGUUAAUAAAUGUUUUUAAAAUAACAAACUGUCGUCGUAUGUAGGUAAGAGUAGAUACGGUGCGGUGAGUGGAGGUGAGGAGGGUUUCUGCCGGUGCCGCACCCAACGUGUGACUGACGCUCCUCCCCUCCUCCAAAUUAAAGGGACACACCCCCACAAACCCCCCCCCCCCCGCACACGGGGUCGGCCGGUCUGAUGGCUAAGCUCAGGACAGACGCACGGACACGCACAGACACACGGACACCCAAAGCUGCUGACCGCGGAGCGCUGAGCCCCGCCUCCACCCGUGGAGCGCUAAGCCCCGCCUCCGCCUUGCCGCUCGGCGCCAUUUUUGUUUUCUCGCCCUGGCCGGAGGAUGGAGAACGGGACGCAGACGAGCCGGAGCGCCUCUCCUCGCCCCCGCCCCUCUCGACCGCGGGGCAGGGGGGGUCUCAGCGCGUCGCCUGUCUGUCGCCAUGGCGCCGGCCUGUCUGGACCCAGUGGUAUUCUGUCUCAGUUCCGUUCUCUCCGCUGCAGCGUAAAGGAUCUUACAUCACAGCGAUCCACCGCCCCUUCCUCGUAAAUGUUUAACUUAUUUUACUACUUCUCUGGUGUGUGAAAAUAUGCAUCUUUGAAAGCAACUUUGAGGUUUCUGUGGCGUUAAUGGUGCUCUCCUCUCUGAAUUUAACACUGGAUAUAAUCAUACCUGUGUGAGGUGUUGACAACGUACCACUGGUGUGGGCUCGGUGAGUCAGCAGCUUGUUUUUAACAAAAAAAAAAAAAUGAUUUUUUUUUUUUUUUUUUUUUAAGUCAUUGAGAAUCAUGGUGCGAGUUUCCACGGUUACGGAGUACACAGCACGGUCACGUAUGGAGCAGUCUGAGAAUCAUACGCACGCGCGGACCGGUCGUUAAAGCUGGGCUCUUAUCCAUUGUGGUGCUGCUGGGCGGUCUUGUGUUUUUAGCUCUCCCGCUGACCAGGCCGGUCCAGGUGUGGUUCGGCGUGGUUCGGCUGGCUGUAGAAGGCAAAGUGACCGUAGUCGAUCCACAGGACUGCGAGAACACGCUCAGAACUGGGUCAGAACCAGGUUAGAACCCGGCUAGAACCCAGUAAGAACCGGGCUAGAACCCAGUCAGAACCGGGUCAGAACCUGAAUAGAACCCAAUCAGAACCAGGUCAGAACCCGGGUAGAACCCAGUCAGAACCGGGUCAGAACCCGGAUAGAACCCAGUCAGAACCGGAUAGAAGCGUAGCCACCGGUCCGCUUUUUACGGGUGAACUCCUCAGCUCCUCCGACUCGUUUUGGUCACACUCGUAUGAUUUAUUUUGUAUUUGAAUUUUUUCUUUUUUUUUGUAGCAGCCAGCUGUCAGUCAUCCCGACUAUUACAGCUUAGUUUAAGAGAAUUCUGCAUAGAAAUAAGACCUUUUAUUAUUAUUAUCAUUAUUAAUAAUGCAAGUCAUUUUAAGCUUCCUUUCAAAUCCACCGUCACCUUUGACCAUUAUACCUCUGCCUGCAUCACAGACGAGGGGACCACGAAAUAGUGGAGUGGCCGCGGGGGGGUGGGGGGAUUGUAUAUUUAUGUAUGUACACUAAAUGCAUAUAGAUUGUCGAUGAAGAAUUUAGGCAAUUGGACCAGGAGUGUCUGGAAAGCUAUCCUUUUUAGUCAGGAUAAAAUUGUGAGAAAUAUAUUUGCAGAUGUAGGAUGCGAUGGUGUGUACAGUGAAUUCAAAGCAAGCUUGUGUUAAUUGAUGUAAAUGUGUGUGUGUGUGUUGUCACUGAGGCAUAGUUUCUGCUGGUGUUGUGGGCAUUUUUUGCCUUCAAAUACGUGUAUUAGCAAGGUUUUUUUUUAUUUUUUAUAUAUAUUUGAUUAAAUAAAAUCCUCUGUCAGUGUAGUUCUGCAGCCAGUCCAAUCAACACGCGGGCUCGCACACGCACUCUCUAGUACAAACAUUCUCACACACUGGGAAACUCACGAACGACAGUCAAACUACUGGGGACUUUUUUUUUUUUUUUUUAAUUACUCAUUUUGAACUUUUAUUUUGUAAUCAGUUUUCAUAGAGAAGUAUCGUACUGUGAAAUGGAGUGACUCUCCUUAGACUGUAUAAUUGUUUAUAAUUUAGUUUAUUAUAUUUAUCCUGUAAUUUUUUUUUUUUGUUUGUUUGUUUCCAUGGUGAUAAUUGUAUUGGGAUUAUUUCAUUUUUCCCGAAAACAUUAGAGCAAACGGUGUAGGACGCAAUAGGUCUUAGGGUAAGUGACGCACAGUCUGAAGAAGAAAAAAAAAAAACAACUCUUGGUGCUACAAUCUAAUCUCCGGACUGUGCCUAAUGUUAUUUAUGAAACAUUAAGAACGUCAACAACAAUUAUUAGAAACAUUUUGGUGCUUCUUGUACACAGGGAAGUUGUGUGCCAUUUUGUGGCAUUCCUUUGUUUGUGAUAUUUAAAAAAUGUAUUGUGUUAAUAAUGCAGGUGUUCUCUUUUAAGGCCUAGUGUGAACAUACACUGCAUGUUUCCAUAAAGCCAUCUGCUGAGCUUGGCACCGGGUCAUUGAUACAAAUUAAGUUUUCACUAGGUAUGUAUGAGUGUGUGUGUGUGUAUAAUAUAUAUACAUGUAUAUACACACACACACGCACAUACAAAUAGAUAUGUACGUACAUAUAUAGUGUGUUUGUGUAUGACACAAAAGAAAACACGUUUUUUUUCUUUCUGAAAACUUGCUUCGGUUUCAUUCAGGACAGUCUAUCAAUGCAGACAAGGUUGUAUCAUACUUCUGUAUAAAUAACCUGCAAAAAGGUCUUUAAUUUAUGAGUAGGCGGACGUUGUUGUUGACAAAGGAAAAUACAGGCAAGGCCAAGUGCUUUUUGUGACGGGGAUAAUGGUGCAUUUUCAUUGGUGCUGAACAAAAACACCUGCGCAGCCAAUAACAUUGGUCGGACAGACUGAUGUACGCUCGGGGGGGCGGGGAAACCGUUGCCGUGACGGCGACAGACCCAACAGAACACUGAGUUCACCUUGACUGUUCCAUGCACUCAGUGUGGAGUUAUGAGGCCUAAUCAGCCACAGUCUACCGUCUCCCCCCGACUGCCUCUUAAAUCACCAGUCUGUAUACGACCCUCAACACAGGCAUAGACAUUUUUCUUUUCGGGUUGCGUGGUGUGUGGAGAUAACGUAAGAAUCAUCGGUUCAUGCUUUUUUGAUUUUGCUUUACGUUUUGCUCUUCUUUUCUUAAACCUCUGGCUCUGUGAGAUCGUUCGACAUGGUGAUGAUGCCUUCUCUGUUUUUAAAAAACAAAAACAAACUGGUGCUGUUUUAACAAUCGGAAUACAACAACAGUGGGGAAAAAUAAAUAACUAGCUGGCGCAUCUUAUACCAAAUUCCAGCGUUUUGAGACCUUACACUGGCUGCCUGUCCCAGGGCUGUCCGUGUCCUCUGCACCCCCUCAUACGCCCCCCCCCCCCCCCCAUUCCACAGUGUGAGCCUAUAACUUCUAACUGUGAUGUUUAAGAACUUGGACAUUGCCGGGUAGUAGGACUACACAUUACAUGGGUCAUAGUGUCUAGGCUUCCAUUGGUCAGGUGUCCGUGUACAGUCUUCACUAACAGGAAAUGACACGUGUGAUGUAUUGUACGUUUGUGUUUUGUGCAUGUGCGUGCGGGUGUGUGUGUGUGUGUUUAAUUUGCAUCUGUGUCAAGGCUCGUCUAAGCUUUAUAGUCACAAUGCUUUUGAGAGGUUAAGGAUGCUUUGUAACCAGGAAUGUGUAAUGACUAUUUCUGUUCUGCGUGAAGUGUGGACUACAAUAUGUCCAUAUAGGACACGACCAGAAAAAGCUAGUCCUUUAUUACCAGCACUGAGGGGUCUUUUGUAAUUGUUGUUAAUGUUGAACUUGUUACAGUUAUGAUUUAUUCUCGAUGUUUGAUAUAAUUGCAGUCGUUAUUGGUGUUUUUUUAUGACAAUAACUAAAGAUUCAGAUCAAUUUUAAUAUCCUUAAACAGUAAGGUGCUCUCCUACACUUUAAACAAGGAACAUGCAGCUAAUGGGUUUAACGUGCCCUCUCUGAUUGUGCUAAAGGAGAGAUGAGCUUUUAAUAAAAUUACACGCGGAAGUUUGA